GCGACAAACUGUUGACACGAAAAAACACACACGGGUGGAAAUGAGAGCCGUCCUAGCGUGGAAAGAAACUAUCCGUGACCAAUGUGUUUAUGACCUUGCCUUCAAGCCAGAUGGCAGCCAACUCAUCAUUGCUGCGGGGCUUCGGGUCCUGGUUUAUGACGUAGCAGAUGGAUCGCUUAUCCAGCCUUUAAAAGGCCACAAAGACCUGGUGUACUGUGUGGCCUACGCUAAAGAUGGGAAGCGGUUUGCCUCGGGGUCAGCUGACAAGAGCAUCAUCAUCUGGACUUCUAAACUGGAGGGUAUUUUGAAAUAUACUCACAAUGACCCGAUCCAGUGCAUUGCCUACAACCCUGUCACUCACCAACUUGCCUCCUGUUCCUCUGGGGACUUUGGUCUCUGGUCCCCGGAGCAGAAAUCCGUCAACAAACACAAAGUGAGCAGCAAAGUCUCGUGCUGCGGCUGGACAAACGAUGGCCAGUACCUCGCCCUCGGCAUGAUGAACGGAGUGGUGAGCAUUCGCAACAAGAACGGAGAGGAGAAGGUCAAGAUCGAGCGUCCCGGAGGCUCCGCCUCUCCCAUCAGGUCCAUCGCCUGGAACCCCUCCAAGGACGAGCACAAUGACAUUCUGGCCGUGGCCGACUGGGGUCAGAAGCUGUCCUUUUAUCAGCUCAGCGGAAAGCAGAUUGGAAAAGACCGGGCUCUGACCUACGACCCCUGCUGCGUCAGCUACUUCUCCAAGGGCCAGUACAUCGUCAUGGGGGGCUCCGACAAGCAGGCGUCCCUCUACACGAAGGACGGCGUGCGGCUCUGCCCCAUCGGAGAGCAGAGCGCCUGGGUGUGGAGCUGCCGGGUUAAGCCCGACUCCAACCUCGUGGUGUUGGGCUGCCAGGACGGGACCAUCGCCUGCUACCAACUCGUCUUCAGUACGGUGCACGGCCUCUACAAAGACCGCUACGCCUACAGAGACAGCAUGACCGACGUCAUCGUGCAGCACCUCAUCACGGAGCAGAAAGUCAGGAUAAAGUGCCGCGAGCUGGUGAAGAAGAUCGCCAUCUACAGGAACCGCCUCGCCAUCCAGCUGCCCGAGAAGAUCCUGGUCUACGAGCUGUCCUCGGACGACUCCUCCGACAUGCACUACCGGGUCAACAAGAAGAUCUGCAGGAAGUUUGAAUGCAACCUGCUGGUGGUCUGCUCCCAGCACAUCAUCCUGUGUCAGGAGAAGAGGCUCCAGUGCCUGUCCUUCACCAGAGUCAAGGAGAAGGAAUGGGUGAUGGAGUCUCUGAUUCGCUACAUCAAAGUGAUCGGUGGCCCGCCGGGCCAAGAGGGCCUGUUGGUCGGCUUGAAGAACGGCGCUAUCCUGAAGAUCUUCGUCAACAACCUGUUCCCCAUCACGCUGCUGAAGCUGUCGAUCUCGGUGCGCUGCCUGGACAUGAGCGUCUCGCGCAACAAGAUGGCCGUGGUGGACGAGCACAACACCCUCCAGGUCUACGACAUCAACAGCAAGGAGCUGCUCUUUCAGGAGCCCAACGCGAACAGCGUGGCCUGGAACACCCAGUGCGAGGACAUGCUGUGCUUCUCCGGCAACGGCUACCUCAACAUCAAGGCCAGCAACUUCCCCGUCCACCAGCAGAAGAUGCAGGGCUUCAUGGUCGGAUACAACGGCUCCAAGAUCUUCUGCCUCCACGCCUACACCAUGUCGGCCGUGGAGGUGCCUCUGUCGGCGCCCAUGUACCAGUACCUGGAGAGGAAGAUGUACAAGGAGGCCUUCAAGAUCGCCUGUCUGGGCGUGACCGACAGUGACUGGAGGGACUUAGCCACAGACGCCUUGGAGGGCCUCGACUUUGACACCGCCAAGAAGGCCUUCAUUAGAAUCAGAGACCUGCGCUACCUGGAACUCAUCAGCCGCAUCGAGGUGAGGAAGAAGAGGGGCGAGAGCAACAACGAGGUGUACCUGGCCGACGUCUACGCCUACCAGGGGAAAUUCCACGAGGCGGCCAAGCUCUACAAGAGCAGCGGCCACGAAUCCAAAGCCCUGAGCAUGUACACGGACCUGCGCAUGUUCGACUACGCCAAGGACUUGGUCGGCGCGACGGACCCCGAGAGCUCCCGGAUCCUGAUGACCAAGCAGGCGGACUGGGCCCUGAGCAGCAAGGAGCCCCGGGCGGCGGCGGAGAUGUACCAGUCGGCAGGGGAGCACCUGAAAGCCAUCGACAUCAUCGGCCGACAAGGCUGGGAAGACACGCUGAUCGACAUCGCCCGAAAGCUGGACAAGGCCGAACGCGAGCCGCUGGCGGAGUGCGCGCUGCACUUCAAGCGGCUGAAGCACCACGGCUACGCCUCUGAGAUCUACGCCAAGAUGGGCGACCUGCAGGCCCUGGCGCAGCUGCACGUGGAAACCCGGCACUGGGAAGAGGCCUUGUCGCUGCUGGAGAAGCACCCCGAGCUGAAGAACGACGUCUACGUGCCCUACGCCCAGUGGUUGGCGGAAAACGACCACUUUGAGGAGGCGCAGAAAGCGUUUCACAAGGCAGGGCGACAGACCGACGCCGUCCGAGUCCUGGAGCAGCUGACCCACAAUGCGGUGGAGGAGAACCGGUUCAACGACGCCGGCUACUACUACUGGAUGGUGUCCAUGCAGUGUCUGGACAUCGCCAGAGAAAGCGACGAGCAGAGGGACGAAAUGCUGAAGAAGUUCGAGCGCUUUCAGCGCCUCGCUGAGCUCUACCACGUCUACCACUCCAUCCAGCGCUACACGGAUGAGCCCUUCAGUUCCCACAUGCCAGAGACGCUCUUCAACAUCUGCAGAUUCCUCCUGAACAACAUCAUCGCGGACAAACCGCGAGGCAUUUAUCAAGUUCACACCUGGAUCGCGCUGGCCAAGCAGAGUCGGGUUCUGGGCGCCUUCAAGCUGGCCCGGUUCUGCUACGAGACGCUGCAGCGGCUCUACGUCCCGUCUCGCUUCCUGGACGCCCUGGAGGUCGACAUCCUCACCGUCCGCUCCAAGCCCUUUCACGACAGCAAGGAGCUGAUCCAGGCCAUGAUGUGCUACCGCUGCUCCACCAACAACCCCUUGCUCAACAGCCAGGGCAGCGUGUGCAUCAACUGCAGGCAGCCGUUCAUCUACUCGGCCUCGUCGUACGAGGUGCUGCCUCUGAUGCAGUUCUACCUGGAGGAGGGCACAAGUGACGAGGAGGCCGUCGCCCUGAUUGACUUGGAAGUGCCUCACGCGGAUCAGAGGGACGCUCGCUGGCAGGAAGUGGACGUCAGCGGCGAGCUGCAGGCGCUGAGGCUGGACGAGGCCGCCGCCGCGGAGGAAGACCCGUUCACGGCCAAGAAGAGCUUCGAGCAGGGGGGCUCCACCUUCGUGGCCGUGAAGGUGAGCCGCUCGGCGCUGCGCUCCAUGAGCAGGAGGGACGUCCUGAUCAAGCGCUGGCCCAAACCCCUCCAGUGGGAGUACUUCCGCUCCCUGCUGCCCGACGUGAGCAUCACCAUGUGCCCCACCUGCUUCAAGAUGUUCCACAGUGAGGACUAUGAGCUGCUGGUGCUUCAGCACAACUGCUGUCCGUACUGCCGCCGGCCCAUCGACGAGCAGAACUGACCUCCCGUGAACACCAGGCAGUGACGGUCCAAUGCUGCCUUGUUCUCGUCCUCUUUCUGUCUUUCUUCUUCUUUUUUUGUUGCAUUGUCAUAUAUUUGACACAAAGACAUCUUAAUGUUCCUCGAGCUGCCCUCUUAAGCUCCGCCCCCUGUUCUCCAGCGUCUCGGUCAUUAGUGUCGCGUAAGAAAAGUGCACCAUCAACCCGAUUGGGUUGUUCGGAUCAGAUUACCUUCAUCUGUCGCUGAUUACAUCAUCACUUUAAAAGGACCGGUGGUGUGCGUGUGCGUGUGCGUGUGUGUGUGUGUGUGUGUGUGUGUGUGUGUACAGUGUAAAGGGAAAAAAAAGAAGACAAGAUGCAGAACAAAUGUGUCCCGCAGGCGUAUGAAGCUGUUCUGUAUGUUUAAAAAUAUCCAUAUAUAUAUAUUGUUACAAAAAAAUAACUUUUCAAUAAAAAAUAUUUUGGUACAUUUUUAAUGGCUUUUCGGAAUGACGUCGUAAAGAGAGAGUAAUAUUAGCGUGUGUGUGGGUCAGUGAGUAUGUGUGUGUGUGUGUGUGUCAGUGAGUAUGUGUGUGUGUGUGUGUAUUCCGUGAGCAGCUCGCCCCACUGGCUCUGAUCAGUCUGGAGUGUGUGAGUCGAGCUCUGCAUUAUGCAGCGGUUAGGGAUUAGGCUUUUAACGGAUGCA